AUGUAUUUCCCGACAAGCAUCGACGGCAGCCUCCUAGCCUCUUUAGUGGAAGGACAACACGCUCAGUGCUCGCGCGCUCGAAAACAAGACGUGGUGACAAGCCGCACGCAAGGCCACCAAGACCGUCGAAGCAAGACCACUAAGGCAAGCCUGAAGACCAUCGGGAAAAGCCACAGACAAAACCAUCAGAAAAGGAUAAACAAAGCCAUCAAGAAGACCACCAAGCUACGCCACAGACAAGACCAUCAGGAGAAGCCUACUACAGGAGGCCCCAAGACCACAAGGAAAAGCCACAAGACAAGAUUAUCCCGGAGGAGGAAGCGGAAGAAGAGCAUCUCAGAUCCUGCGAGAUUCCUUCAACGAGGAUCAGCUUCGAGGAUCAGCUUCGAGGAUCAGCCGCGAGGACCGACCGAGGGCUGGCUUUACAGCAAUAACAAAAGCAGUUGUAGUUGUAAUUUUAACUCCAGUAGUAGCAGCAGCAGCAGUGGCAGCAGCAGCAACAAUAGUGGUACUGGUUGCGGUGAUGGAAACAGAGGCAGUAGUGGUGGUAGCAGUAGCAGUAGCAUCCUAUAUAUGGAAGGAUCUGACGCCAUUAGCAAGACAAUGGGCACAGAGCCUACUGAAACCCCCCUAAAGCCACUGAUUGGCUAA